AUGAGCUCUCUUGUGUCCGAGUUUUUGAUUAAUCCAGUUCUACGACAGGCCAGACGAUUUUCACGAUCCGACAGACCUGUUCAUACCCGCAACUCGAAUUAUCCUUUAACCCCGCACCUCGUCCCAGAAAGCAAUAAUGAGGUUGAUGAAGUCGUUAUAGAAGGUGUGAUAGAAGGAGAAACUGCUAUGGAUCUGCCAGAUUCAAGGGAAUAUGUAGGAGUCGAUAACCUAACUCGGAGUUUGUCGAAUUCAUCUACAACCCAUGAGGAUGGAGGGAAUUCAUCAGACCAUAUUCAAAGCCUUCGACAUGAGGUCGAUCGAAACCUCAUUGAUUCGUUGGCACCUUCGCAUAUACAGUCGAGUAUGAGUCAAGCUGAUAGCUAUAUGUCUGACAAUCCUCCUUCCGACAUAGCAUCUCAGACUCAGGGCAACAUUAUAGAAGGAACAUCUGGCAAUGCCGCUCUCAAUGUUCUUGAUUUGCAUAGGAGUCCCGCUGAAGGUUCAUCUCAACAUUCAAGUCAAAAUUCCACUUCGGCUUCAAUGAAUCUUGAUAUGGGCAGCAGUGCUCUUCCUGCGGACGAUGGCAUGGGUCCUCUUCGACAGCGCAUCAAGUAUAUACAAGCUAUGGAUACCCCUACAGAACAAAAGGCAUUAUUGAUGCAUCAGCUCUUGACUCAAGGCUAUACUGAAGCCCACGAAAUAUUCAAUGCGAAGAAUUAUGUACCAACUACGGCCUCAGACAAAAUGAUUAGUCAAGAGAGACCUGCAACUCCGGGCUCAUUAAGUUCUUUCAUUUGGCAGAUGAAUGGUACUUUGGAUCCGGCACCGGCAACCGAAAGUCAUACUUUUCACCUUUCUCCAGACGACUUGAAGAGAACUUACGCUCCCUUUGAUCCUCCCGAAGUUGAUGACGGGAGCGAAGAAUCCGAGAAUACCGAAGAUUUCAUACCUAAACUCGGCAAGAGUGUGGUCGGGAUGGAGACCCAGUUUCGAAAUAUGGAUCGAGCUAUUGAUCACCAGCCAAUGCCGCCUCAAUUUCGAAAUACUUUGGCUAUGGUCUCAUGUAACGAUUGCUAUGCUAAGAGUGCGGUCAAGUACCACUGGUUGGGACUAAAAUGUGCUAUAUGUGACUCAUACAACACAGCUCAGCUGUCAAUACUAAGUGAUCCGGAAGUGGAGACGCCGGCUAUAGGCACAGGAGAUACACAAAACGACAGAUCAACGAGUCAGGAACCUCGAGAAAUGUCUUCAUCUACGCAUCUGAUACCAGGUAUUCCUAGGAAUCGCAGACACUCUUCUCACGUACCUUCUUCUUCAUCACAGGGAGAAUCUGGUCGAUUUUCUCCUUAUCCCAUACCAUUUCGGUUAGGAAGAUCAGUGUCGCCUGCUAGAGGGCUAGGAAUAUUUGGUAAUCAACCAGUGGCUGGCGGCGAAAGCGAUGCAUCUGGAGACGAAGAUGACCUGGAUUUUUGGGGGAGAGAUGAACCGAGAAAUGCGAGAGAAUCGCAGGCGACACAUGAAGCAGACGCACAAGUUGAUAACGAUAUUGAAUAUGAAUAUGAUUCCAGUGACUCGGAAUCUGGGAAUGAUGAUGAUGAUGACGAUGACGACGGCGAAGAGGAACCCUUUGCCAUUUUUGGACACCGUUGA